ACGGACACGUGUCACUAAACAAAACGCCCUCGUCCUAGGAAAAAUAUCACAAAAAAUUUCUAACCCAUUUCUCCCCAAUCAAGAACUCUAUUUACAUUUCUAUAUCCUCAUUUCGAGGCCUUGACCGGAGAAAACACACACAAAAAGAAUAAGUCAGAUCUGAGAUCAAAAGAGAAAAAAAGAUGAGCAACUUAAUCCCACCGGAGAAACGAUGGAUCAUCACCACCGUAUUACUAGCCGGUCUAGUAGGCGGCGCUCUACUCUUCACAAGCUUCUUACGAGCCGCGGACGACGCUUUCUUCCUCUGCUCCACCGCGAGCGCCAAAAGCCGAGCUGUAGCCGCGGCGGCCGAUUACGCAGCUACACCGAUCCAGCUCCAAGCCAUCGUCCACUACGCGACCUCCACCGUGGUCCCACAGCAGAACAUGGCGGAGAUCUCGAUCUCUUUCAACGUCUUGAAAGAGCUAGCUCCGGCCAACUUCCUCGUCUUCGGGCUGGGCCGUGACUCGCUCAUGUGGGCUUCUCUCAACCCACGGGGCAAAACGCUGUUCCUCGAGGAAGAUCUCGAGUGGUUUCAGAAAGUGACCAAAGACUCCCCUUUCCUCCGUGCGCAUCACGUGCGUUACAGGACGCAGCUACAAGAAGCCGACAGGCUUCUACGCUCUUACAAAACGGAGCCGAGCUGUUUCCCGGCGAAAUCGUAUCUCCGAGGGAACGAGCGUUGCAAGCUCGCUCUCACGGGACUUCCUGAUGAGUUCUACGAUACGGAGUGGGAUCUGAUUAUGGUCGACGCUCCUAAAGGCUACUUCGCCGAAGCUCCGGGAAGAAUGGCGGCGAUUUACUCGGCGGCGGUUAUGGCUAGGAACAGGAAGAAACCUGGAGUCACUCACGUGUUCUUGCACGAUGUUAACCGGAGGGUGGAGAAGACUUUCGCCAACGAGUUUUUAUGCCGGAAGUAUAGAGUUCAUGCCGCCGGGAGGUUGUGGCAUUUCGCGAUUCCUCCGGUGGCUGCAAACGCUACAAUCGACGGUGGCGAUUACAGGUUUUGUUAAGAUCCUGACACGUCUUGUGUUGUUUCCUCUUUUGCCCUUUUUAUUAUCUCUUUUUCCGUUACUUGAGGAGAUCUUGUUACACAGGGUUCACUUUAUUAUCUGAUUUAAUGCCUUCAGCUUUGGAUCUACAUACCGUGUUUUGGCAUUGUUAGUUACGUUGACUUUCUGUAUUGCAUAGGGCAUUUUUCACACCAUACUAUAUGAUAAUGUGACAUUUAUAUC